UUGGAGAUGGUUGAUGCAGUUGAUUGAUGAGAAGGCUUGUCAAGUUUAUGAUGUAACCAAACCAUUAAAAAUAAGUCUAAAUUUUUGGUACAGCACAGCGUUCUAAAUUUGUUUUUUGUAUUAUUUUCGUAGAAAAAGCUAUGUUACACACGCACAGUAUGUAUUUAUCUAGAUUGACACACAAGUGCAGGUAUUUAAUGUUCAUAGAUAAAUUUAAAGUCACAACCUCAGAAACUAUUAAGUUGUGUCAGAAAAGAGACCUAAGUGGCAAAUUCUUUCCAUGUAGUAAAUGUACAUGCAUUAAAAAUUCAUCAGUAUUUUCGUCUUUCAUGGAGAAGUGUUUAUCACAUAUUACAUUUGGGUAUAUGAGAAACUUUUAUGUUCCCAUUAUAUGUAUGCAGUUUUUUAAAUUUAGAAAAACGUGGAAAGAGGGUGGAAGAUUAAAGUUAUUCCCAAUUUCUGUUGCUUGUGGGCUUGCUGUUCUUUUUGUACAGUGUUCUCAAAGUAUGAAAGACAUUCGUUUCUUUAGAGCUGCAAAGUACGGGCCUGCGGAAGAACUAAAAAGGAUGAUUGUGGAGGACAAGGUGAACGUAAACCAGAAACACCCUCUGGGAUGGACUGCCCUGCAGGUGGCCAUAAUCAACAAUAAGAUGGCCAACGCCAAAGUGUUGCUCACUGCUGGAGCUGACCCUAACAUACCCGACGACUUCUCUAACGUCAACAAGGUGGCUGCAGCCAAGCGUCUCUAUACGCUUGACGGUACCGAUCAUGUGUUGCAGAAACGGGAAGAUGAGUUCAGUGACCAGUUAAACCACCGGGCAACAUUUAGCGGCUUCACGGCUCUCAUGUACGCAGUGCUCAUGGACAACACUGCUGCAGUCCAGUUGCUGCUGGAGAACGGAGCAGACCCUACCCUGGAGAACGAGAUCGGAAUGAAAGCACGUGGUUAUGCCACCAACAACAACCAGAUACAGAACAUGCUCAAGGAGUAUGAAGAGAAGUUCGAGGAGCUGCAGAGGCAGAAGGCUAUAGAGGAGCGGAGGAGGUUUCCUCUGGAGCAGAGACUCAAGCAGAACAUCGUCGGCCAAGAAGGACCUAUUGCCAUUGUAGCAUCUGCGGUGAGACGAAAAGAAAAUGGGUGGGCAGAUGAUGAGCAUCCUCUGGUGUUUUUGUUCCUGGGAUCAUCGGGGAUUGGCAAGACUGAGCUCGCCAAACAGCUGGCCCACUACAUCCACAAGGACAAAGUCGACGCGUUCAUCCGCUUGGACAUGUCUGAGUACCAGGAGAAACAUGAGGUGGCGAAGAUGAUCGGUGCGCCGCCUGGGUACGUGGGCCAUGACGACGGUGGACAGCUGACCAAGCGGCUCCGUAAGUGUCCGGAUGCUGUUGUACUGUUUGACGAAGUAGACAAGGCACAUCCUGACGUGCUCACAGUCCUGCUUCAGCUCUUUGACGAGGGAAGACUGACAGACGGUAAGGGAAAGACAAUAGAGUGUAAGGAUGCCAUAUUCGUGAUGACAUCCAACCUGGCCAGUGACGAGAUCGCAGAGCACGCCUUGCAGCUGAGGCGUGAGGCCAAGGAACUCAUGGAUCAGCGGCUCGAAGGCAAAUUUGAUGAGGAGCUAUCAACGAACAUAACCAUCUCCCGCCACUUCAAGGAUAAAGUGGUCCGACCCAUCUUGAAGAAACAUUUCGGCAGAGACGAAUUUCUCGGAAGGAUCAACGAGAUUGUCUACUUCCUCCCCUUUUCAAACUCUGAACUCAACAAGUUGGUGUCAAAGGAGUUGGGUACAUGGGCAAAAAAAGUGAGUUUGUUUAUAUAUAUUUACAAGGUCGAAAUAUAUUAUGAUACGAGUUAAUCUUAGAGUUGGUGC